CUGGAGGUGGACUUCCCGCCAGCAGCGGCUAGGGCUGACAUCCGACGAUUCGGAGUUCACCUUGUGCCGACCGGCCGGCACGGCAGUGACACCGAGUUUAUCGAGUUUCGGAUUUCCUUCUCACGGGCGGAGGUGAUCACGGUUCGCUACCUCGCUCCAGUCAUACGAGCGGCUAUUGUGGCAGUAAAAGACAUGAAAAAUACUUUUAAAAAGAACGAGGUCAUGAGCGACGAUGUACCGCUGAAGUCAUACUUUAUAAAAACGGCCGGGCUGUGGCUGGCUCAAACCACGCCAGCAGGAAUGUGGAAAGGCGUCACAGACGGUGUCAACAAAAUACUUGACUGGCUGGAGAACAAAUUGAACGCCGGGAAAAUGCCCUGUUUUUUCGAUCAUAACAUCGAUGUGGCAGCUGAACUCAGCACCGUAGAGCGGCGGGCUAUCAUUGACGCAGUACGGCUGAUGAGGGAUCAUGUCACGAUCCUUCUGAUGGCAAGCUGUGUGUAUCGGUGGGAUGUGGAUCUGCUGCUGGAGGGCGGGCUAGAGCAACUCACAGAGCGCCAGCUGGAGUCCCAGCUGCGGCUCCGACUUGGAAGGACGCUCGUCCGACAGGCUGUGGUUGACGGUGUCCGUUUCCGCCACACAGCUCCGUGCUGGGAGUGCUGGUGGAAGGAAAACAUCCCUCCACUGGUCCGCACAGCCCCACUUCUACUACAGUGGCGGCAUUACACCGAAUCAGGAGCAUACCUGCAGCAGUGUCUCAUAUUUAUGGCGUGGGUAGUGGUCGACUCGGCAGACCUCCUGGACGGGACGCCGAUGACAUCACAGGUCAAUGACAUCGUCACGCUGGACGUGGGCCCCCUGAUACAACUCCUCACCAGAUCUGACCUCGAUCUCCUGCUGGGUGACCCGGACAAGGUUGCCACCUGGUGGCGUAAGCAGCUGCGGCGGCCGCUGGAGGAGCGGCCGGCCGGACUGACCGCCAAGCCGGACACGUCGCGGGGCCGUGCCGAGGUGCUGCUUCGGCCUGAGCUGCUGCUGCAGGCUGUGCGAGUGAACGUACCGGGUAAGAUGGCCUGGUGGCGGGAUAUCGACCAGAGAGAGAAAAACAGAUGGAUGAAAAACUUCCGACCAAUAUAUACCUACCAGGAGACUCGGGAGAAGUUGGAGCAGCACAUCUACACUAACCUGCAUAAGUUGCUUCAUGACGAUCUACCAGAGAUGGACGCCGCGUCUGUGGACGCCACGGCCGGACUCUGGCGCCGCAGGCUGCAGCAGCUGCUGUCCGGUGACCGGCUGCGGACGAUCUACAACGCAAUCACCGGCUGGUGGCCGGACCGGUGGGAGAUGACGUCGCACUACCUGGCGGUGCACGAGGCCGACUCAGAGGAUUCGGAGCAUGACGACGACGGUCAGGCCGGUGGCGAGGAGCUACGCAGCGCAGACGAGGACCAGACAUCAGGGGGUCUGCCCAGCCAUCAGCGAGAGAAAUGGCAGCAGCUGGAGCGACAGCACCAGCAGCUGUGUCAGCAGCUGGAGCGGCGGGGUCACGGGGAAAGGAGGAGUCUCAACCAGCAGCAUGAUGAGGAGCGCCGGCGUCUGGAGCGGAUUCAUGACAGAAAGUGGCAGAGCAUGGAAAUGCGGCACCAUGACGAGCGGAAGAGGCUCCAUCAGCGGCACGAGAGUGCUACCAGGUGCGUGGAGCUGCAGUAUCAGGGACAGGCGCAGCAAGCGAGACGUCAGAGGCAGUUGGAGCUGCUGGACCGGAGAAACCGAAGGCAGUUAGCAGUACUGGAGCGACAGCACCAAAUAGAGUGGGGAGACCUGGAGCAGAAGGUCCAAACGCAGUGGAACAAACUGAAACAGAAACACCUCAGGGAGUCACAAGAGCUGGAGGAGAGAUACCCGAACAUGCAGUCCGGGGAGGAGCUGGAUCAGCUGAUGGAGGAGUGCAGCAGGAGGCGUCGGCAGCUGCGGAAGGAGCUGGAGAAGGAGCUGGAGAAGGAGCUGGGGAAGGAGCUGGAGAAGGAGAAGAAGAAGGAACUGGAGAAGGAGCUGGAGAAGGAGGAGGAGAAGGAGCUGGAGAAGGAGAAGAAGAAGGAGCUGGAGAAGGAGCUGGAGAAGGAGAAGGAGAUGGAGAAGAAGAAAGAGCUGGAGAAGAAGAAAGAGCUGGAGAAGGAGAAGGAGAAGGGGAAGGAGCUGGAGAAGGAGAAGGAGAUGGAGAAGAAGCUGGAGAAGGAGAAGGAGCUGGAGAAUGAGAAGGAAAGCAGGAAGGUGCAGGAGAAGAACUUCAAAGUGAAGAAGGAGGAUGAUAAGCCAGUUGAGCGUGACAAGCAAAAGCGACAACAACGACGACGACAACAACAACAGCAACAUCAACAACAACGACGACAACAACAACAACAACAAGAACAACAACAACAACAACAACAACAGCGACGACGACGUCGUCAACAACAACAUGAACCAGAACCACGGCAGCAGGAGCGGCAGCCGAGCCGGCGCUGUCAACACCUGCGGAACCUGGUAGAGGUAACGCGAAGACACCGCCAGCAGCUCAUCCAGCUCCAGGAGCGGCACAACCAGGAGCUGGAGGAGCAGAGCAGACGUCACCGGCAGGAGCGGCAGGAUCUGGAGCGGCGCCUCAGCCGCCGGCGGCACGGCCAGGAGCGGCGCAACGGACAAUGACCGGCGUGAGGAUACCAGCGGAAUCACGGACAAACUCAGGGAGGCGCCACUACGGAGAACAUGUCGAGAGCGAGAUAUUUGUAGCAUCAGACAUGGCGGAAAUACGUCGCUAGUGUAGAUGCUGAGAUUGAUAAAACGAGACCAGGUGCAUUUUUAUUAAUGCUUAUCAGGUCAGUGCUCAUGUGAUGGCGAUGUUAGCAAUGCAUAUAGAGUUU